AUGAGGGGAAACGAUAGCGGCAGUAUUCUCCGGGAGGCCUUGCGUCAAUUGCAGCAAGCGCCUCCUGGCGAAACCUGGACGCAGCAGCAAUGGUGCGAGGCGUUUUCAUUCUUGUUUCUUGCAGCUCCUGGGUCUCGUCAUGCCCUUCUGGAACACCAGGAUGACAUGCUGUGGUUCGUCACCGCCACGAACGUACUUGGCCCUGGCACUCCCCCAGUAACAUUACGACGCAAUACCUCAUCGGAGCUGGCACCGGAACUACGGCUUGGCGGCUCCGCUUUCACGUCGGUGGACUGGGCCUUAAGCUUGCAGUUAAACCUGGUCGUACAAGCAAAGUACAUACUGACUGUGGUCCAAUGCAGGCAGGAAACCCUUGCUGCUGUAGCGCAGGGCCACGCAACCUCGGGUCACUACAACCCCAGCAAUCAGCAACGGGACCAGCUAAACACAGUCGUGGCGCAGCGCCGCGUCUACGCAAGCCCCAUGGCGGCAGACGUAAAUCUAGAGGAAGCUAAGUCGGGUCAGCCUCUGAAGGCGUGCUACCCAGACGUGUGUUUCGCCGUUGACAACUUUGAGGACGCCUUCCAAGACGUGAUUCUUUCCCGGUCCGAUGACUGCUACUGCGUAAUGCUGCACGUCCACUCCAGCACUGACGGGAGUACUGAAAUCCCCCAACUGAGUACUGUACCUACGGAAGAGGGUGCUAAUAGUGUCAACCAAAGCGCAACCACGUUCUCGACACCAGCUGCUGCACAACUGCCCCUGGACAUAUGCCCUGUGGAGCGACGCGCCGUCCUUUUCUCCGCCUACGUGACGCGAGAGCAAAUCGCCGGCUACCUCGCCUCGCGUGUGGCGGAAACCCCCAAACCCAGCAUCUUGAAUCGCCUGCUGGCCAGGCAGCGUCCGGAAGACGUCAAGCCCCGACGAGAAAAAGUCGUCAUGAUAGGGCCCGGGUCUGUAGGUCGUGCGGAGGUGCUGGCAGCAGCUACAUCGGCCAAUGCGGGAGACGCCACCGGGCGUGUGACACCAUUGCAGCUAUCGCUGAUGUGGAUAAGCUUGCCGGCCGGGGCGUUGGCGCAGGCUGUCCUGCGAUUUGCUUGCACGGGCAAUUUGUAG